CGGAGCGGGAGCGCCGGCGUCAUCUCAUAUGAUAGGUCCAUGCUUAGCAGCGCGGCAGAUGCCGGUGGCCCCCCGAGACACACUGCAUAUUAGCGCUGGACAGACCAAGCCCAAGCAAGGCCCACAUCAAUCAGCCACCAACAUUCUUCUCCCUCUUCUACAAUACUCAUCCCGCCGCCAACGCGCCGGAUCUCUACGCUCUCUGCCCAACAUGAUCUCUUGACCUCUCAUCUUUUUUCGCUUCAGACGGGCAACACCAAGCGUGUCAACUACAUUACACCUCGCAGCUGUGUCCGAGGACGCUCGUCGUCUGUAGAAAUAUAAAUCCUCGCGCAGACCUCACUCCGAUAUUUUGCCUGCAAGCAUCACCACUUCCCCAGUCAUAAAUAAACACCAGACCCGAAAGAAAAUGUCGCAGUGGAGUUCUAUGUACUUGAAAUCUAGUAUGAUCAAAUCAGCUUGUGAAGUGGCUGUGGAUUCCUGCCAUUUCAACUCAGCAGAGCCGGAUGGAACUCCCAAAAAGACAUUCGACUGUGGCAAGACCGACUGUCCUCACUCUGUCAAAUAUGCGCCGAAGAAGUGAGCCUAAGCGGGAGGCCGGAGUUGAUACUUUUCUUAAUCAAGUAGGACCAAGGUGAAUAUAUUGCGAAUCAGUAGGGAAAUCGGAGCUUUGAUGAGAUUUUUAUUUCUUGUAGGGUAGGCGACUGGCAUGGGUCUCUAGGUAGUCGGGGAAACGGCCCAUGCGAUACUUACCCCAUUAGGAUUAACCUUGAAUUCAAGAGGGCGCACAAGUGUAUUAUGUAACGACAAAUUUUAUUUGAUUAUCAUUGAGCUAUCCCACCCCGCGUCAUAAAUAUCACUUUCACAAAUACAAUUUCUUGCCAUCAUGGAAAUCGUUUCGUACCAUGAAGCGUUCAAACAGAUUGACAAUGAGCUCCAUUACCAAUGUGUUAAGGGUGUUGUCCGAAUCGAUGGUCUGCUUUACCUCGCGGAAUGGCAUGAUCGAUUGCAAUUACCUACGGAGACUUCUGAACUGCGCAGCAUUCAAAAGAUAUACACUGAAGAUCGUGGACCACUGAUCAAGCCUGCCUGGACGGUUACAACUCCAGAGCAACAUCAUUACGUCAAAACACCGAGUAUCCAUUCAUUCUACGACGUCUCCGAUCUCGAAGGUCUAAUCACCCGGGAAAUCGAGACCUGUGAGCUGCUGAAGCUCCAUCCUCACCCAAACAUAAGCCCCUACUAUGGGUGCACCGAACUUCGAGGCCGUGUAUCUGGCUUGUGCUUCAAAAAGCAUCGGCAAACCCUACUGGAGAACCUCAACCCUCAGGGCCUGAAUAAGGCAAUGUUCCUAGACAGUGAGCAUCGCCGCUUAUCCGUCGAUCACUCACUCAAGGAGGCUACCUACAAACUUCGAGAGGCUAUCGAACAUCUACAUUCCCUUGGAAUCAUCCACAACGAUAUUAAUCCGGCCAACAUUAUGUUCGACGAGGACGGUGCACUUGUCCUCAUAGAUUUCGACAGCUGUCAGCGCCGUGGUGAGCCUCUAGGUAACACGAAAAGAACCUACGGCUGGCACGACCCAAAGGUGACGGUUGCAACGGAGCAGAAUGACCUCAAUGCCUUCACUGAGUUACAAACCUGGCUUUUUGGCACUUCAGCAGGUUCUUAUCUCUUUCCAUAGAUCCCGCUCAUGUCAUAUGGUGAAAACCAAAAUGGCCUCUCAACGACAGAGUACCACAGUGUACCUUGACACCUCCGAUUCAAGGGGUGUAAGUGCUGUGGUCAAUAUGGUCCCAUAGCAAUAUCAUAUGGUUGUUCGAACUUAUUAUACGCAUUUUUAUGAGAUGAAUGGCUCUUUAGAACUGGUUGCGUUUGUCUUCGUGUUUCUUCUAGUCCAGAAGCAGCGGGACUGCAGUCACGCGAAGCGGCCUAUUUGACUAUCUUCAGAUAAUACACCACUUUACCAGUUUAUAGUCGCUGCUUCCUGCAGUUCAGGGUACUUUUAGGAAAUUUUAAGCUCAAUAAGACGUUUGA